GUGCUGGAGGACAGUGUGUUGGUGCUUGGCGAUGUAGGUGAUACGUUGUGCUGGUAUCCCGUUUGUGUCACGUGAUGAAAGCUUUGUAGUUGAAGGAGAAGAUAGGAUACUUGUUUUGUUGUGUUGAGUUCAUACUGCAGUUGUUUUCUUUCGAAACAUUGUCUUGUUGCGUUUCCUGUUUGGUGUAGUCGUGUGAAGUGUUGUUGAAAUACGAAUGGAAGAGUUACGUUCGGUUUGUUGCGAGUCUUGUGUGUUCUCUGUUCUCUUAUUUUGUAGUGUUCCGUGACGAAGUAGCAGAAAAGCUUCUGUUGUAUGUGGUGUGGUGCGAAAGAACGAAAGAAUUAUGUCAGAUGGUGAAAUUUCUAUGAAACAGUGACGGGAGUUCGGUCAACGGACAAGUUGAUGAUUUCAGUUAUUCUUCUGAACCAAGGGUUGGGGACACGACGUAACACUGUUUUGUGUGCAACGUCAACGACGGACAUCGGAGCCAGUAGAAGAUCGUGAUGGGAUGAUAGGACUGACUUCGACUGGCGGGGGCGGCAGUGGGCCCCCAGGCGGGGGGGUGCGUGAACGCACGAUGCAGGCCGUCGAGUAUUACAACAGCACGGUGCUUCGGGCUCGGGUCGGCGCUGGUCUCACAGGGCCUCGAACCGGAACCAGCGUGCCUCAAGACGCACUACAUCGAAGUAACUCGAGCCUGGAACUGACGCACGAUCCCCAUCAUGGUGGCCCGGGUACUUCAGACCCCCCGAUCCAACUCCGUCGUGAGUACGGGAGUCACGGAUCCAUCGACGUAAUUUCCGCCUCGUCUGAGCGCGGAGGGACGUCGAGUUCGUCGGGUGCUGGUGAGAGUUUCUUCGCGAUGCUACAGGAUUAUCGUCCGGCGGUCCUGGGUAUGAUCGGGACAGAUCAACGUAGUCCUGGUCCAGCAGAGUAUCUUAGAGGCAAGGUCGAUCCUCCGCCAGCAACUGAAAACGCCUCCAAUGCGCUAGCAGCUGCCAGUGAUGAUAGUCCGUCGUCAAACAUCACGUCUUCCAUGAGUACAAGUCCGAAGUUGAGACUGAAGUUAAAUAGGUUUUGGGGCGGUGGGGGUGGUGGUUCUGCAGGAGGGGCGGGAGGUGGAAAACCACCUAGACAUAACCAUGUGUUAGACGACAGCGUGGUAAAUACCAUUUCUUCUUCGAACAAUAGCCAUUGUGCGGGUGGUGAGAUCGAGGAACGUCAGAGGAGAAGAGCUUUCGUACAUCAUGACUGUCAGUCAGUCACGGCGAAUCUGGGGUACGCGGCUAAGUUGCGAGGGUUGCUUCUUGCCAGGAGGAGGAACACUACGACAGGGGCUUCAGCGGCGUCUAUGAUUGGCGCCAGGUCUGCAACACCGGACGGUGGCGACAGCGGUGAUGAGGACGCUGGGGACGGACGGGGAAACGAUCUUCUGGAGAGUUGCCCGUUCUUCCGCAACGAGAUUGGCGGCGAAGAGGAGCGGGUGGUGAGCCUCACCAGGGGCCAAUCGCCCCAGAACGCCCAGCGGCGACCGCUACAUCGCCCUCCCAUGGCGUACGGGGUGUCGGUACUGGAAUUCCCUUCUGGAGAGACGCACUGGCGGCACGGUACCUGCCCCUACCAACGCCAUCCUCGCGCUAUCGAGAGCGUGGACCAGGGCGCUCGCUAUUACCGAAAUUAUUUCUAUGGUCAAGAACAUCAGAAUUGGUUCGGGAUGGACGAGAAUCUGGGGCCAGUGGCUGUGAGUAUCCGGCGAGAGCGAAUAGAGCGACAGAGUGAACCAAACUCUUCUGGCUCCUCGUCAGCGUCGCCUGCACACACGUAUCAUUAUCGGUUGCUUAUACGAACGAGCGAGCUGUUUACGUUGAGAGGGUCAGUGUUAGAGGACGCUGUUCCAAACCUGAAGACGUCCAGUAGCAACAAAACCUUGAAUACGAAGGAAGUCUUGGAGUACGUUGCACCAGAAAUUCAGUUAUCGUGUUUGAGGUUAGGUGUUUCAUCGCAACAGACAGAAGACCAACUGCUGAAACUAGACGAACAAGGUUUGACGAACCACUACAAGGUGGGCAUUAUGUACUGCAAAGCGGGUCAAGCGUCUGAGGAGGAGAUGUACAACAACGAGGAAGCCGGUCCGGCCUUCCACGAGUUCCUUGAUGCGAUUGGUCAGCGAGUCAGGCUCAAAGGCUUCGACAAGUACCGAGCUGGUCUUGACAACAAGACUGAUUCUACGGGCCUUUAUUCGGUAUAUUCACAAUACCAAGACUGCGAGAUCAUGUUCCACGUCUCUACGCUUCUUCCAUUUACGCCAAAUAACCGCCAGCAGCUGCUACGUAAACGUCACAUAGGCAACGAUAUUGUGACCGUAGUCUUCCAGGAGCCCGGUGCUCAGCCAUUCACGCCAAAGAAUAUCCGUUCGCAGUUCCAGCACGUCUUCGUCGUAGUUCGCGCAAUUAACCCUUGUUCGGACAACGCGCAAUAUCGCGUUGCGGUGAGCAGAUCAAAGGAAGUGCCUGUUUUUGGUCCACCGAUCCACGAAGGAGCAACGUUUCCAAAAUCCAAAGCUUUCUCUGAUUUCCUCUUAGCCAAAGUAAUCAAUGCAGAAAAUGCAGCCCAUCGGUCAGAGAAGUUUGCUACCAUGGCAACACGCACACGACAGGAAUACCUGAAGGAUCUUGCCAGCAACUACACAACUACCACGGUAGUUGAUCCAGGCCAGAAAUUUUCUAUAAUGUCCUUUAGCAGCAAAAAGAAGGAACGUGGACGACCUCGGUUUCUACCGGACGCGUUGCAGAGAGGCGCUAUAUCGUGGCAGGUGGUGCUUGACGAUAGCGGCCAGGCGGCGCUAGUGGACUGCCACCUCGGUAUUUCAACGGAUACUUUGGUUCUUAUCGAGGAGCGUUCGCGUGAGAUCGUUUUUGUCAUGCCGUGCAAAGCUAUAUUGGGAUGGUCCAUACAAACAAACAGCCUGCGAGUGUACCACCACCAAGGGGAAUGCACGACUCUUCAUAUGCGCGAAGGUGGCGACCGCGACGAGCUGAUGGAGAUUGUGAUGCGUCUACGGGCUGUCACUUCGGGCUGCGUGGCACAAGAACUCUCUUUGCGAAGAAAUCCGAUGGGGCAGCUGGGAUUCCAUGUCCAGCCGGAUGGAGUGGUGACACAGGUUGAAAGCCUGGGUCUUGCGUGGCAGGCGGGUCUUCGUCAUGGAGCGAGGCUGGUCGAAAUCUGCAAAGUCGCUGUAUCAACGUUAUCCCAUGACCAAAUGGUGGAUCUGCUGAAGACGUCCAUGUCGGUGACGGUCGCUGUAAUUCCGUCGUUACCCGAUGGUUCUCCAAGAAGGGGCUGCACAUUGCAGAACUGUCGGUACACUCUGAAUAACUACGAGGGUGACUACGAGAACGUUUCUGGUGGAGGCAGCGAUGAAAAGAUGGGUCGUAAUGCGGCGGCUGCUGUACCCGGGAAACACAGACGUCGCUACGAGAGAAGUUUCUCUCCCCCUCGAUCAUCCAGUAGUUCAGGUUAUGGAACGGGAUCCAGCAGCAAAUCGUUUGCUGAUCCACGGUUUCCAGCCAACUCAGAGGGCACAAUGACCAGUUCUUCCAGCGGGCAUUCGAGUGACGAUCGAUGGUACGAACUUCUGGAACCGGCCGACCCUGAUACGUCGGUGAUGGUCGGUGAAUCUCUCCCCCCUCCUCUUCCCGCUAGACUAGGUUCAGGGAGUGGCAGUGCCUUUCAACAAGUACCUCCAAAGCAGUCGCAACACGGGGGCAAAUUGCCAGUGCAAACAAGUCACUCGUUGCCCCUCAGUCCGGCAGGGAACUACUCCCUUCUGUCUUCUGCACCGUCUAGGUACAAUUCAAGUGGCGAACAUGAGUCACCAACUCACCAUGAUUUCAAGCUUGGUGAGAAAGUGACUUGCCUCAAACCUUCUGGAGGAGAAGCGAGACCUGUGCCUAGACCUGCACUAGACUACCUCGCAACUAGAACACCAAAGAUUUCUGAUUAUUCUGGCCACCAACAUGCAGCUAUUGAUACGGUGAAAUCGUCCAGUUUGCCGCCUGAUUGCGCUACUCUCCGAGGACUUGCCGUCAGUGAUGGUCACUCAACUGACACCAGUUCUGCCAGUGAGCGGCUGUUUGGGGCACCCAGUGAAGAUGAGAUGUCAGCUGGGAGCAGUAACGUAUCUCCUCGUCUGCGUCGUUCUACAAAACACUAUCAGAGUGGUGGAGGAGGUGGGGGAACUCUAACGCCGUCUAGUGGCAGUAGCAGAAACCAAAGCCCUCGUCCCAGGGACACUGGCGAAGCUAGGCUGAGGCCUGGGGUCACACCUCGCGUUUCAUCCAAUCGUAACAGCGCAAACUUAACAGCCAGCACGUUGCAGGAGGAUCUCAUGAGGCUGAUAAAUCCAGAUUACAUGGCUGAAAGAGAUGAAAAAAUUAACAAGGAACCUGUGGGAAAUGGCGCAGUUGCCGGAAAAAUACACAGCAGCAGUAAUAGUACCGGUUGCAGUGUGAGUGAUGCGACCAUUACUAAUCGAUCUCGUUCUCGGGAGAACUUGUGCAACCCUAAUGGGAAUGGCUCAUCACUCAGCGUUCUUCCAGCUGGCCAGCCUCUUCCAGAACCAGACCAGCAUACUAGGGAGCAACACGGAAGAGACCAACUUCAGCGCACCAGAGACCACCACACGAGUAGCAUCAAUGGCAAUGCCACAGUGGAACGUAGCUCGUCAGGUGAAGUGAUCCUUACUCUGGCACGUCCAGCUACGGUCAUUUCUAAUGCAAGCACAGCUUCAAGUCCAGCGCCCAGUGAAAAUAAACUUACCAAAGAGGAAAGGUUAUCGCCACGAGUGACGAAGCAACCUGGUGCUAAGUUGGCAGAGCCUCUACCUCUGCCUGAUGCUCGGGAGAUGGAUUGGCCUACUCUGGUGGACACUGCAACACGAGCCAUGAUGCAGGUUCAGCACGACGAGCCAGUUCCGGAAGCAGCUCGCAAUGGGGAAAGCUUAGGUCACUGGGUAGAUGAUGUGGCAGAGCAUCUCGGACUUGAUAGCACUGCUGCCAACAUCAAAAGCAAUAGCAUAUCUACUGGAGGACGACGAAUGACAGAACUCCAGAGUUAUCUGGCACAGUUGGAAGCUAGAAUUGCUAGAGAGACUCGUCGCCGGCUUUCUUUGGAAGAGGAGGUCCGACGUUUACGAGAUGAAAAUAGACGACUGCAAGAGGAAUCGCAGGCUGCAGCACAGCAGCUCAGACGCUUCACUGAGUGGUUCUUUCAGACCAUUGAUCGGCAGUAGGAUCAAUAACAAAAGAACCCAGCUAGAAAGAAAUCAAAGAAUGGCGUCUGUGAAAUACAAUUACACGUACUGAUGACCAUUCAUAUUGAGUAUUUUAGCUUUGGUUUAUUGUAGAUUGUUUAAAAGGAUGACUUACGAGUCUGGUAAAGUCUUAUUAAAACACAGAUGUGUUGAAUAAAUUAUUUAUCGUUCAUUAAGCAGCUAAGGUAAGCCAUGUAUACAGUAACGUACAGAAGUAGUGAAUAAAUUAUUUAUCUGUUUUUAAGCAACUAAAUAAUUGAAGCCUUGAACAUUGAAAGCCUAUGCAAUUACAGAUGCAGUGCUGUUGUUUUAUCUUUCUCAGAUUUAUCAAAUAGUAUACGUACUGCCCGUCUAAAAGAAGAUCUUUC